CAGCCCCCACCCCCACCGCCUCGCUUGCCUCCCAGCUGCGUCCGCCGCUGUCCUGUCUGCCUUCCCCGGUGUCUGCUCCACACUCUGCCCCGCUCCCUCCCCCGGACCCGAAGCCUCCUGCCUGCCGUGCCUGCCUCCCUCGUUCCCGCAACCCCCACCCGGUGAAUGCGCCAACAUGACGGGCAUCGCCGCCGCUUCCUUCUUCUCCAAUUCCUGCAGGUUCGGAGGCUGCGGGCUCCAGUUCGAGUCUCUCGCCGAGCUCAUCGUCCACAUCGAGGACAAUCACAUCGAUACGGAUCCCCGGGUCUUGGAGAAGCAGGAGCAACAGCAGCCCACCUACUUGGCCCUCAGCUACAUCAACAGGUUCAUGACGGACGCGGCGCGCCGUGAGCAGGAGACCUUGAAGAAGAAGGCCACGCCCAAACUGUCGCUGUCCAUCACGGGCGCCGUGUCGCGGAACAGCACGGCCACACCCCCUCGCCACACCAGCGGCAACCUGACGCCGCCCGUCACGCCCCCCAUCACCCCUUCAUCCUCCUUCCGCAGCAGCACACCGACAGGUACGACAGGCAGUGAGUAUGAUGAGGAGGAGGUAGACUACGAGGAGUCAGACAGCGACGAGUCGUGGACCACAGAAAGCGCCAUCAGCUCCGAGUCCAUCCUCAGCUCCAUGUGUAUGAACGGUGGGGACGAGAAACCCUUUGCCUGCCCAGUGCCAGGCUGCAAGAAGAGAUAUAAGAACGUGAACGGCAUCAAGUACCACGCCAAGAACGGCCACCGCACACAGAUCCGCGUGAGGAAGCCUUUCAAGUGUCGCUGCGGCAAGAGCUACAAGACGUCGCAGGGCCUGAGGCACCACACCAUCAACUUCCACCCACCCGUCUCCACCGAGAUCCUGCGCAAGAUCCAAGGCUAGAGGCGGCGCACACACACAAACACUCCUCACACUAAAGUGCAUGCUUUAACUUUACUUUUUAUAUCCAUCUUAUAUCACUUGUAUUCUCUAAAGUAUAUCUUUUUAGUAUUUGUAUUGUACAUUUGCACAUUCAUUUAUGCUAUCAUCCUUUUUUUUUUUUUGACUUGGUUAAGGUGCUAAAAGAGAAAGAAGUGAGGAGAGGAAGUGGGAUGAAGUCGCCGAUCCAAACCAGGAAGUUCAUACGCUCCUUAUUGGAUCGGCGACCUCAUGGCAACUUUUUGUGGUCCAAGUAAGUUCUAUUUGAAAUAGAUAUAUUGCUAUAUAAACGGUAGACACAUACGUAGUUAUGUAUAUAUACAAAUAUAUAAGCUUCAUCACAAGCGUAUACGGAAAUAGUUACAUUUUAUUUGCAAGCUUUAUUUUUGUUUUUGUUCAAGGUGUCAACUAUUUUUCUACUAGCAGAUACUGAUCAAGAGGGGGCGCUCCAGGGGUGUCCAAACAUCUUCCUCCCAAAAUUUAGAGGUGGGCACAUUUUGGGAUAAUUCACCAAGUAAAUAUGGGGCCAGUAUAACCAAUACCAAUGAUACAUAUUCAUUAUUGCAUUACCUACAAUUGUAAGACGUAAACAAACUGCAAUUGGUUCUUUAAAACAACACAAAAACACAGAACUAAAAAAUAUCCAUUCCACCAUAUUAAUACCAUAUAAAUCCAUAUUAAGGUUUAAUAUAUUGGUACAUUUAUUUCAUAUUCGUCUUUAGAAAACGUUUUGGACACCCCUGGUUUGGAGACGGUAAGACGUCUGUUUUUUCACCCCCUAUCUUUCCAUCUUUAUGCACUCCAUUUCAUUUGCCAACUUGAUUCUUUUUGAUAUCCAUGAUGGUUGCCAACAAAACAGCGCUCCACUGCCAAACAUGCAUCGUACCAUGUGCCUAAUUGGGGAGGGGGGAGGGGGGUGGGGCUACUUUAACUUCGACAGGGCGGCCAUGUUUGAGAGGCCAUCCCAAACAUAAAAGUACAUUGAAUGUUCUCAUGCAUGCACCCUCAAAGGUGGUUUGUAUUUUGGAAAAAGAGAUUAGGAGCUACAACCUGUCCUGUGUGUUGUGGACAACAGCAUUCCAGUGUGUGUGUGUGAGAGAGAGAGCGAGAAAGAGAGAGAGAGAAGAAUGUGUUUUUCCAGCAGUAUCCCUAGAGUGUUAUUGUGCCGUUUUGUGUGUGUGUCAUGUACCUGUGUUGGGUCGCUCCUGUGCAGCAGGAGGGCCGACAUCGAUUUGUCACUCAUUGCCUCUUGGGUUUAAAAAAAAAAAAAAAGAGAGAAAUCACAUGAUUAUUGCAGGGCGAGUAACCUGUGGUCCAUGAGCCAUAUAUGGCACGUCAGCAUUUGACCUGGUCCUCCAUGCUAUUCUAAAAAUGAAGACAUUUCAUAUAUUAUACAGUAGAUUAGUUCUGCACCCCCUGCACUAAAUGCUCAACUAUGAGCUUAUUUGUCCGCACAUUUUGCCAAUUUUCACCCUAUUUAUAAAAAAUAAAAAGCCCCAUAGGAGAAUCUGUCGUCCAAUCAGUGGCCACAAUGGCAGUAUUACACAUAAGAGGACCAGGGAGGGUCCAAUAUUUACCAUGUACAGUGAAUGUAUCGUAAAAUGUCUUUUCUGUUGUCAAGUGCUUUUAAAUUAUAUUUUCGUAUGUAACGUGGAAAUAAGUGUUUUGUAUCGGGGCAGGGGAGGGGCUUACUGUCUUUCUAUAUAAAAACGAAAAGCUGCUUCAAUGUAAAGAGGUGACGCAAAAAUAAAGAUCAAAACUGUU